AUGGCGCGGAAGACAUCUGGACCUGUCACUGGUUCGGUCUGGCGUCUCCCCUGUGUGGCAGCUUGUCGAAUGCACAGAUGCUUUAUACUGUAUGCGGCGGGCGAAUUUUUCGUCCCGCAACGUCGCACGUGCACCGUCAAUUAUCACAGUGCGGCAGAGAUCGGCGAGGGUGGAAGGAAGCCAGGGUUUGAAUUGGACGCUGUAGGUCUUGGCGUUGUCCGGCGAGCAGUUUGUAGUGUUCUUGAAGCUCGACGGUCGCGAUGCCGCGCUUGUGUUGUGUUGUGCUGUCUCUUGUCGUGGUAUAGCGGGCUGUAUGUAGACCUGGUAGAGGGAAAAAACUCGUGUAGUACCAGUAGAGCAGUGGUGUCAAGCCAAGGCGGGAUCUUGCAGAGUAUGGAGUUCCAGAUACUUGAGGAUAAGGUGUCGAAUUGUCCGGUACCAAAGGUUAAGCUGAUCGACGUGAUUGAGACAUGCCAUCUGUCAGCGAUGGCGGAAGAGGGGAUCCGUGAGGGGGCCACGUCGGUCGUCGACGUGUUUCUGCGGAAGUUGCUCGAACAGCUUAACAAACACUCGACUCUGUAUAAGUACGUGGUUUCGAUGACGAGUCUCAGCGCGGACGGGUCGCGGGGCCAGUUGAGCAUGGCGAACGCUGUGAGCGCAUCGUGGAACUCGAAGAAGGACGGACUGUUCAACUAUGUGUUGGACGACGCGGAGACGUCCGGAAAACAAUAUCUGAUUACGGUGAUAUGGAUCGCUAAGUAG